AUGAAACCAUCUCGAUUAGCACGUCGGUUUAAUAAGAAAGGUCGUCAAGAGAAUAAAGUUGUUAUUGAACAAAAUCCAUUAACAAAUAUUCUUGUCGAAGGUGAGGCGACAACAGCGGAUAAUAAUUCCAUUUUACCCUCGAAGAAACGAACCACUCGAACUGUCAAUCAACCAACAGCACCGGCUAAACGAAAACUAUCGAAAAAAGAACGCAAACGUCUAGAAAAGGUGCUCGAUCUCAAAAAGAAAAAAGCAAAACGUGUGGAAUUAUUAGACAAACUCAGUCAAGUACAAAUUAAUAAUGAAGAAUUAGCACUUCUGCAUUCGGUGAAAAACAUUGGCAGCAAAACAAAACGUCAGCCGAUAGAGAACUCUACACUAACAAAUGCGUCCUCUGCGACUACUAUCAAUCUUAAUCAUCUCUCACGAAAACGUCCUGCUCAAACGACAACUGAGUCAGUUCACGAUGAUACUGACCUUAGUUCAACUGAUGAUGAAGAUGUAGAUCAAACAAUUAAUGACGAAGAUAUUCGCAAAGCAUUGCUUCCUUCUCAACCAGCAUCUGCACUUGCACCACCGAUCGUCCCAACUGCUGCUAAACGACGUCAACGUCAAAGUAGUACUAGUAGCAUCGAAGAGCCGAAGGUGGAAAUACCGGCUCGACCUCAUGCGAAUGUUCAAGUUGAACGUAGUGAAGAAAUCCAAGCCAUUCGUUCGCAGUUGCCCAUUAUCACUGAGGAGCAAGUCAUUAUGGAAGCAAUUCAUGAUAAUCUUGUUGUGUUAGUCUGUGGAGAAACUGGUAGUGGUAAAACAACUCAGUUACCGCAAUUUCUCUACGAAGCUGGUUAUACACUGGGUGGUAAAAUGAUUGGUAUUACCGAGCCACGACGUGUUGCUGCUAUUUCAAUGGCUUCACGUGUCGCACACGAAUUAAAUCUGACAAAUGACCAAGUCUCGUACCAGAUUCGUUACGAGGGAACAUUUAAGAAAGAAAGCACAUGUAUCAAAUUUAUGACUGAUGGUGUUCUAUUAAAAGAAGUGCAAAAUGAUUUCUUACUAACAAAUUACAGUUGUAUUCUGAUUGAUGAAGCACAUGAACGUAGUGUUGCAACCGAUGUUCUGAUCGGUUUAUUAUCACGUAUCGUACCGAUACGUUGUCAACGAAAUGAUCCGCUUCGUCUAGUGAUCAUGUCUGCCACGAUGCGAAUCGAAGAGUUUGUUAAUAAUCGACAUCUAUUCAAGCUCAAGCCAAAAAUUAUUAAUAUCGAUGCUCGACAAUAUCCUGUAACAGUACAUUUCAAUAAGAAAACGCCGAAAAAUUACAUUGAGGAAGCAUAUAAGAAAGUGUGUAAAAUUCAUCGUCAAUUACCAAAGGGUGGUAUUCUUGUUUUCGUCACUGGUCAACAAGAAGUUCAGGCUUUAUGUCAUCGAUUACGAAAGACGUUUUCAAUGCAAACAACAACAACAAUAGAAAAUGAUGAAGCUGAACCGAAAUUCAAAUCAAAACGAUCUAAAAAGAAGAAGCAAAUAUCCAUGGAAAGUAAAUCCGGACUGGGAAUUAUCGACGAAGAAGAGCUAGAACACAUACAAUCUGAUGUUGAUGAAGAUGAAGGAGGAAAAGAAGGUUCGAUUGCCAGUGAUAUUGAUGACGAUGAUGACGAUACUGGGGUAGAGGGAAUCACAUCUGAACCUCUGUAUGUUCUUCCACUUUAUGCAAUACUUUCAUCGGAAAAGCAAGCUCGGGUAUUCGAGUCACCACCGGCUGGUACACGUUUAUGUGUCGUAGCAACAAAUGUUGCUGAGACUUCGAUCACCAUUUCGGAUGUGAAAUACAUUGUCGAUUGUGGCAAAGUUAAAACAAAAUAUUACGAUAAAUUAACUGGCGUGUCUACAUUUCGAAUCGAAUGGACUUCGAAAGCAUCAGCAAAUCAACGAAUGGGUCGUGCUGGUCGAACAGCACCUGGACAUUGUUAUCGUCUCUAUUCAUCCGCUGUGUAUAAUGAUUCAUUUAUUGAAUAUUCACCACCGGAGAUUGUCCGGAAACCUGUCGAGGACCUUGUUCUACAAUUAAAAACACUUAAUAUUGAUCGUUUAGCAAAUUUUCCAUUUCCAACUCCGCCAGAUCUCAAAGCGAUCAGUGUUGCUGAACAAAUUCUCAUACAACUGAGUGCUCUCGACGAAAAGUCACCGACAAAAAAGAUCACUGAAUUAGGUCGACGUAUGGCAGCGUUUCCAAUCAAUCCAAGGUACUCGAAAAUGCUAGUAAUUGCUCAAGAAAAUCCCGCUUUACUGCCAUAUAUCAUCGCAUUAGUUGCUGCACUAAGUGUCAAUGAAGUCUUGACAAGUGGACAUGUGAAAGUUAAGAAGGACAAUCAGGAAAUUACUGUUAGUUUAGACGAUCUCAGACAACAAUGGAUAGGACAAGGUGAAGCACUUUCAUUCGGUGAUAUGAUGGUUUUGUUGAAAGCAGUUGGUGCAAUCGAUCAUGGCAGUGCAAAAACUGAACUGUCCGUUUGUACUCAUUAUGGUCUACGGCCAAAAGCGAUGACAGAAAUCCGGAAAAUUCGUCGGCAAUUAAUACAAAUUGUAAAAACAAUCCUACCUGAUAUAGCAUCAAUACUUGAUGCUCAUCUCGUACCACCGAAUGAACAACAAAUAUGUUUAUUACGCAAAGUACUUGCCGCUGGUAUGGUGGAUCGUUUGGCCAAACGAAUGGAAGGACCUGUGAUGAUCAAAGGUCAUAGGGCAAACAAUGCUUAUCAAACUCUUCUACUUGAAGAACCAGUAUUCAUUCAUCCAUCAUCGGUUCUUAUUAAUGAAUUACCACCAUUUGUUUGUUACCAGCAAUUGCAUGAGACUAAUCGAAUAUUUAUCAAAGACAUUUGUGCGAUUCAGAUGGAUUGGAUUGUUCAAUUGAAUCCACAUUUAUGCUCUUUUGGUCCCAUUGAAGAAAAUCCGCCACCACGUUAUGAUGAAAAUCAAGAUAAGAUGCUUUGUUAUCGUAAAGCAUCAAUUGGUCAACGUGUUUCAUGGUCAUUGGGACCAGCAAUUGAAACAUCGUUCUCACCCGAUACAAUUGAUCGUUUUCGUUGGUUUGGCAAAUACUUUCUCGACGGCAUAGUCUGUCCGAAAUUAUUACAAUUUCAUCCAGCUUUGCUAUGUUCGUCAAAUGCCAUGGUGAAGUCUUGGGCAUCGUUAAUGGAACGCACACAAAAAUUUCUCAACGCAUUAGCCGCGAAACAGAUCGAUAGUCGAGCUCAAUUGAAAGAAGUUUGGUCAACUGAACCGAAGUAUUUACUUGAUGUGUAUUGCACUUGGCUACCGGAAUCAUUACAUGCUCAAGUCAGAUCGCUUUGGCCACCUCUACCGAAAUAA